UAAUGUUGGUGUAGUGAGCGUUGUGGAGGAGCCUUAGUUGUUACCUAAAGACAAGUGCCUUUAUAGAUCACUCCUCCUGUAGCUGCAGGAAGUAUUGCGGUAAAAUCUCGUAUAUCCUGCAGAAGAGAGACUUUGCAAAAUACUAUUCCUGUAGUUGUGAAGACUUUGUAUAGUUACAGACCAUGAAUUCUGUAACCGUAGGAUAUGUUACAGAAAUAUCGUAAUUACCCUGUAGAUGGAGUGUUGUUGAUAAUAAGUCCUGUAGCUGUAGAAGGUGUAGUGGAAGAGUCUUCAUCUGUGUUUUAGAAGAGAGAUUCCACACACAGAGACAGGGAGAGAGCCUUGUGGGUGAUUGUUCGUGGGUGUGGUCGGAAGUAACUGUCAAGGCAACAAACUUCCCGAAAGUGUGAGGACUGUGAAGACAAAUACUGUUACUAAAAACGUGUUGGAGAAGCACCCCUCCCCCCCCACCCCCCCACCCUCUUCCCUCGCUUAGGAUGUACCGAAGGACACUCGUGGAUGACCUGAAGGAUCCUACUGUGAGUUCCUGUUACAAUAUCUCCCGGAACAACUCUUGAAGGCUCGUUCUGGAGGACACCAAACACACCCCUUGGUGGACGACGCGAAGCCACGAAUUCAGAAAACUCCAACAGGAAGACCUCAGCGAUAUCUGGUGACGGAGGGAUUAAGUCAAUACUAAUUCUACACUCCCUGAUAUCGACAAUGGCUGAUUCAAUAACACCAUCUUACCCAUCCACCACCUGCCCGACGGUGAGCUAUACGCAGGAGGAGAACCAACGUCUGUUUAUCUGCGUUAUCUAUAUCAUGGCGUUCCUGGUAGUGAUUCAGAUCGUGGCUAUUGCGGUCAGUACUACCUACUACUUCCUCAUGAGCCGGAAAUACAAGAAACUCCUAACAGAAACAGGAAAACAAAAGAAAGGACAUAUUUGUCUUCAUUAUGACAACAUCUGCAACACCAGCAACGACCAUCACGUUUACGAAGAAGUCGACGAUGCUGAGAAACACAUCUACGAAGAAGUCAAGUUAGACAUGCAAGACGAUGUGAAUCUAUACACAAACCUCAGCUUCGACAAUCAAGAUGACAAACACAAGAAAAGUGACGUCGGCAAACACAAGAAAAGUGACGUCGACAAACACAAGAAAAGUGACGUCGACAAACAAGACGCCAUGACAAUUUUCUCAGAACUGAAAAUCAAGAUUCAAGAAAAGACUAACAAAGAGGAAUCCAAUGACGACAAACACAUAUACUUGACGAUGAAUAAAAUUUCUGGCUGAUGAGAACCACGGCACAAGGCCAGGCCAGCCACGACUAGUUUGGGGAAUUUUUAGUCGUUUCUGUAAGUUGAUUGGAUGAAGACAAACGCACCUCAGUGGCCAAGUGAAGGAAACUUAUGUUAACGCUUCCAUGUGUGACGUCUUGAAACAUUAUUAUUUAUUAUUAGGAAGUGUAAAGAGACUCUUAACAUAACUUAAUCGAAAAGAACCUAAUUCAACUUUAAUAUAACAUAACAUAACUUAAUGUGAAGUACCUUUAACUUAAUUUAAUGUAACCAAACUUAAUUCAAUUAUUGUAAUUUAACUUAACUUAAUUUAACUGAGACUAAUCUAACAUAAUAUAACCUAAACAAAACUAACCUAACCUAACCUAACCUAACUUAACCUAACCUAAACUAACCUAACUUAAACCCUAUAAAUUAUGGCCCAACUUACACGAACAGAACCUAACUAACCUGAGUUAACCUAACUGAGCAUAACCUAUCCAAACCUAAUUUAACCUGCCUUUAAAUAACCUAACCAAACUUAACCUAACCUAACCUAACUUAUCCUAACCUAACCUAACCUAACCUAACCUAACUUACCAACCUCAACCCAACCCAGACUUAACUAUCUCACAUGGAUGGUGGUAAUGAUCUGAGAGACGUUUAGGAUAUCCGGACGUCUUUAUAGUGGCCAUAAUUCAAUAGACAAUGUCACUGGUCUUCUAAAAAUAAAAUAAGGUUCCAAUAAUCUAGUAGGUGUAUUAUGUAAACAAUGUUUGGAUUACUUCUUCCUGUAGGAUUAAUAAUUAAUUUUGUUUGUUUUGUUUAGUUUGUCACGGCUUUUGUUUAGUUUGUCACGGCUUUUGUUUAGUUUGUCACGGCUUUUGUUUAGUUUGUCACGGCUUUUCCUUUGAAAAUUUGGUUUAAUUGUCUUUUAUGCGAUGUUUAUUUUUGUUUUUAUAUUUACAUUUAUGGUCUGAGUUUUGGUGUGUGUGUGUGUGUGUGUGUGUGUGUGUGUGUGUGUGUGUGCUUUAUACCUACAGUACCUUGUAUUUGAAAUUUAUACAAUUAUAUUAGUUUUUAUGAUAAAUAAAUGUAUAACUUUAUAUCAGUUAUCACAACUCUUUCUGUCUUCAUGUACACAGACGAGGUUGUGUAAUUAAAACAACCAGAGGAA